AUGACUUGGACAUACUCCUUAACCAAUGUGGCCGUUAUGGGAACCGGAGAUUCGGGUCUUCCAGAUGCUGACUAUACCCCCCAGCCCGACGAUAGUGAUGAAUCCAGCAGUAAUGAGGAUAUAACUUGGUUCCCUGGGGAUGGAGUCUGUCCUACAACAGCAGAGUUCAACCAUUGGUGUCAGUCAAAGUUUGAUGAGUGGAAAAAUGCGGCCGUUACUCACCAACAAGGCACUGAAUCUUUCCAGCACUAUUUAACAGCCUUUCUCGGUCUCCUUGACAAUAUCCCUCCAUUCUAUCACCGUCUCCCAGGAGCCGUUAGCACUUCAGGUAGACCAAGGUCCUUUCUUGUUCUAAAGUCUACGUUACAGGUGAAAACGACGGAAGAUUUAAACUGCGAUCAACCUCAGAAGUCAAUCGAUUAUCUGCAGUGUCUCGGAUGUCCAGCGCCAGUAAUCUACAGGACCAAGGCUGAGACCCAGCUGGAAGUCGCUAUUCCUAUUUGCGCCAAGCCUAUUCGUUCUGGGUAUUUAACCAGCAUUGUUCUGGCCUGGUCAUAUAUCAUUUCCUGCCGUUGGGUAGAGAUACUCCAACAGACGGGUGAAGAAAGCCAGAUCUUGCACGAGCAAGGUAUGCAGAUAGAAGAUUGUUUUUGGGAUAUCGUCACGCGGGGCUGCUGGGUAGCUCGAGUGAAAAAGCACAAAGAUGUCUUCUAUUCGCCAUGGAUGUUGAGAAGAGAAGGGAUCUCAAUCAAGCGACGCGACUGGAAACCAGUCAUAUCAAGUUCGUCACUUGCGUUCGAUAUCCUUUUAGGCUUCUGCAUGCUGGAAAGCCUUGAAGGGGAAUUUAUCACUGGCUUUGCCUCUGUUUUAAUAUUGACCUCACGGCACACGCCUCCACCCAAAUUUGCUCCUCCUAUGAUGAUUUCGGCAGCUCCUACGCGCUCUUCAUGUAGACCGAAAGACAUGGUAUUUCUUGAACUUUAUCGAUCGAUUGAUAAAUUCAUGUCUCUUAGCUCUACGCAAGAUGCUCUGGAUUCGUUACUAUGCAGCGUAUUUUUUGACCCAUCCGUUCCAUGUAACCUUGUCGGGGCCGCAUCCCUGGGUGUUAAAAAAGCUCUCUCGGAAGUGGACAGGAUUGAUAAUCGCCAACUUCUCUCUGCAGUUACCAAUAUGAAACCCUAUCUGAGUCUCUUAUGGGCUGCUGCAGUGUGCAACGACCAGGCAGCCUCGUUCCUGAAUAUGGCUCUCCGUGGUCUACCGCCGAUAUGUCUGGUGGCUGCCUUCUGGACAAAUACGGCUCAAUCCUUUCUUCAGAUGGUGUAUCCUGGACAUGAUCUAGAGGAAUCCACUACUUCCAGAGCACACGAGUUUCAGACUUCCUUCUUCUGCCGACCAGAAUUAUCAGUGCCAUGGUCGCCAGCACCUCCCUUCGGCACAACUCCCGUAAAAAAUCUCAGUCUUGAAGUGAGAGCACAUAUUGCACAUACACACAGGCCUACUUCCUGGAGAAUAUACUGGAUCUUAGACUCGGGAGAAAGAAUUCCGGCCAGCGCAGAGUAUCCACUUAAGCCGAUUAAAGCUUCCAUUCAAUGUGACUCUUGCGCCGCAGAUGGGACAAAUGAAUUGCCUGACCCCGAGCAAUAUAUUGCUGAUGAGCAAUCAGGAUCUGCAACAUCACGCCUAUUUAAUUGGCAUAGAAGCUACGAUGAUGGGAUCUGGCUUGAUGACGGUCAAGGGGAUAUUGAAAUAAUUCGUCGACUCCAAAUGCAUGCAUGGAUCAUCGACCCGUUUGAUAACGGAGACGACGAUCCAGUUGAGGAACCCAAGCACCGUGAGCUUUCUGUUGAGCGUAUUCUGCGGUGGAAUAGUGAGUGUGUAAAAGCUACUGAUGACCAAUGA